AUGGCGCCACCUUGUGGAACGUGUUCGCGGGCCAGGGAGAUCGCCAUGAGCACCUCUCGCUACGGACCAAGACCUCUCCGUUCGGAUGAUUUCCCAGACGGACUGCCGCAUCUACUUGAUCACGAAGCAGAACGUGUGAAGAAAGCAAACGAGCUGUACAAACUUGUGACUCAAGUGUGCAUUAGAUGCACGGACAAGCAACUCCCCUGGACGGUGGAGAACCCCUUCUCCUCCUUGUUCUGGCGAACCUCUUUCUGGACCGAGGCGCAAUCUCGGUGCAAUCCGAGAUAUGUGCAAUUUCAUUCGUGCAUGUAUGGAAGCGAUCGCAAGAAGAACACCGCUCUGGCCUUUUUCGGCAAAGUGCCUCUGGACAGACUCCAUGCUGAAUGUGACAACAGCCACGCUCACAAAUCAUGGGGAUGGUCCCAUGAGGACCAGACCUUCUCCACUUCUUUGGAGUCGGCGUACCCGGCCAAACUGUGCAAGCAAGUGGCUCAUGCUGUCAAGGAUGCCUGCGAGGCAGACAAUUUUGUCAUGGAACCUCUAGACAUGUUGCGGGCAUCGCAACUGCCGCUUGCGGCAGAGAAAGUCUCAAGAGCAAUGGCAUCCGAGGGUACCACGAAGUCCAAUCUACCCAACUUCGUUCCAGAAUACCGGGUGAUUCUCAAGGCAUUCAUUCCGAGAUCUUCCUGUACGUGGCGCAUCAAGGAUUUCAUCGAGCACCCUUUGAUCACCCCGCAGGUCACCAUUCCCGAAGGCUCCCGUCUGCUGGAAAUCUCUCCCAGAACAGAAGGGGAGAACUCCACGAUUCCAGCAGAAGCGGACACAAUCUGCACAUUUGGAGUGCCUUGGAGCCCCGGCGAGUUCCUGAAGGAAGCGGCGGGAAGAGGACACCCAGCCGACGCGAUCUCGACAGUGCCUGAACCACUGAAAAGAUCCAUUUGGGAACUUGCGGCUGACGAUCCAUCGGCGGUCGCUGAAAGGCGAGCGUCCUUCUUCCGCAAAUGGAUGUCGGUUGCUUCGGAGCUCUACGAAGAGGAAAAGGCCUUGAAGGACUCGAUGGACGAGGGAGUAAGGUCGGUAGUAAAGGACAAGAAGAUCCUGCUCUUCAAGGAGAUGGUGAACGCAUACGAGCUGAACGAUGCUGAAGCACACAAACUCUUGGAAGAAGGUGUUGACCUUACGGGCGAAAUUCCGAUGUCGAACGACCUGCCCAAGAGGUACACCCCGGCCACGAUCCAUGAGAGCGAGCUCGAAGCUCUUGCUCCGGUCCUCAAGGAUGCAGCGCUCUCAAGGGCUCUUGGAGCCGCGGAGGGCCUAUCCAAGGAAGUGUGGGAGAAGACCAUAACGGAAGUUUCGAGGGGAUGGCUCAAGGGACCCAUGGAGCCUGAUGAUGCCGAUGCGCCCUCGGUCGUGUCUAAUCGCUUUGGGGUUAAGCAGAGGGACAAGGUACGGUGCGUCGACGAUAUGUCGGCUAGUUUGAUAAACGCUACCACCUUCGCGGAGGAAAGGAUAUCUCUUCAUUCCGUAGAUGUCAUGGCUUCCGCUGUGGUUGAGUGGUGCGACGCCAGAGACGCCGCGCAGAGGCCUCGCGACUUGACCGCUAAGAGCUUCGAUCUUAAGUGGGCCUUCAAGCAGAUGGCAGUGUCGGCGAGCUCCAGAGACAGGGCGGGACUAGUCAUCAAGGACCCGUCUGGCUGCCCCAAGGUCUUUACAUCGCUGGCCCUGCCCUUCGGGCCCGCCCUGGAGAAGAGCUCGGACCUGGCUGCAAGGUCCCUCUUCGAUAUCCUUGGAUGGGUGUAUGACACCUCUGGCGAGAAAAACACGGUCUUCGGUAGGACACUACACGCUCUAGGAGUCAGCGUCAACCUGAGACAUCUCACCAAGGGAUCGCUACUCAUCAGCAACACUGAGGCAAGAAUCAGUGAGCUCGUGAGCGAGCUCUCAAACAUUCUCGACAGGGGAAGAAUAUCGAGAUCCGAGGCCAGGCACAUGGCGGGGCGAAUGAGUUUCGCCGGAGGGCAAAUCUUCGGUCGACUCCCGAAGUCCUGUCUUAAAGUAUUCUACUCCGUUUUGGAACGGAACUCUACCGCAAUUGACGGAAGCAUCUCCGCAGCACUUCGGAUGUACAUUGACAUCGCUCAGUUCGCCCCAGCGAGGACGAUUCUCCUGGGUCAGAGGCCCUGCGUCUUUAUAUACACUGACGCGUCCCUGGAACCGACUAAGGAAGGAAACGUCGCGGGAAUAGGCGGAGUCCUGUGCGGACCCACUGGAGAGCCCCUGAGGUUCUUCUCGUACUUCCCUAGCUCAGCUGAGCUUGCUGAGGUGGGAAUAGACCUAGAGUCUAAGUGCAUCUUCUUGCUCGAGUUGGCUGCAGUCUGCUUGGCGUUCAAGGCUUGGGGCGAGGCCCUCAGAGGAAUGAGAGUCGUAUGCUACUGUGAUAAUGAAGGCGCCAAAGCCUGCCUUAUGACUGGAGCAAGCGCUAACAGAGUCGCAAACGACUUGCUGAAGCAUCAAGCCGCAUAUGAGCUCAAGACGGGGACUGUACCCUGGAUCGCGAGAGUCCCGUCAAAAUCGAACAUCGCGGAUGAACCCUCGAGAGUUAGGAUCGAGGCUCUCCCAGACUUUCCCGACGCAGUACGGUCCACGGUAAGCGUCGAUCUUAUAAAAGAUGGGGAAAGUUCUCUCCGCUUUCAGUGA